CCCAGCCUUGGAGGGACUCCCCACUAGGCCCCGCCCCGCUCAGGGCGACGCAGUGCCGGGCCCCGCCUGUCCCGACGUGGUCCGGCCCAGCCCGCGCACUCUGGAGUCUGGGCCCCGCCAGGCCCGCCACACCCAGCGCCCGGCGCGCCCUCCCUGCAGGCCUCGGCCCGCCCCCCGCCUCGAGCGACCGCGGCUCUGCCUCCCGGUGGCGCCGGCCGUCGGGCCCGCCUCCGAAGACGUGGAGCGCCGCUGCGGCCGCACAUUUGUAAAAGAUGAAAGUGACCUUACCAGCUUUGGAUACUUGUGAGAGUUCCUUCACACCUUUGGUGGUCCUGGAACUUGCUCAGGAUGUCAAAGAGGAAACCAAAGAAUGGCUGAAAAACAGAAUUAUCUCUAAAAAGGAAGAUGGAGGUGCCCAGCUGCUGUUUAGACCAUUGUUAAAUAAAUAUGAGAAAGAAACACUAGAAAAUCAGAACUUAUAUCUUGUCGGUGCCUCCAAGAUUACAUUGUUACUGGGUGCGGAAGCAAUGGGUCUGGUAAAAGAGUGUAAUGAUAACACUAUGAGAGCCUUCACAUAUGGAACCCGAUAUAACUUCAAAGAUUUUGAUGAUGACAAUGACGACUUCCUCACGAUGGCAGAAUGUCAAUUCAUUAUCAAACAUGAACUCGAAAAUCUUAGAGCCAGAGAUGAAAAGAUGAUCCCUGGCUACCCCCAGGCAAAGCUGUAUCCAGGAAAGUCGUUAUUGAGAAGAUUGCUCACCUCUGGCAUCGUGAUUCAGGUGUUCCCGCUGCAUGAUAAUGAAGCCUUGAAGAAACUGGAGGACACCUGGUACACUCGCUUUACUCUCAAGUAUCAGCCCGUAGACCAUAUUCGUGGCUACUUCGGGGAAACAAUUGCUCUUUACUUUGGAUUUUUGGAAUAUUUCACUGUCGCCUUAAUCCCCAUGGCGGUCAUUGGGUUACCUUACUACUUAUUUGUGUGGGAAGACUAUGACAAGUACGUGAUCUUCGCCUCCUUCAACCUCAUCUGGUCCACAGUGAUCCUGGAAGUGUGGAAGCGUGGCUGUGCCAACAUGACCUACAGGUGGGGGACACUUGUCAUGAAGAGGCAGUUUGAGGAGCCCCGGCCAGGAUUCCAUGGGGUCCUGGGUAUCAAUCCCGUCACCGGCAGGAAGGAACCUCUGUACCCCAGCUACAAGAGGCAGUUGCGCAUUUACCUGGUCUCUCUGCCGUUUGUGUGCCUCUGCCUCUAUUUCUCUCUGUAUGUCAUGAUGAUUUACUUUGACAUGGAGGCCUGGGCCUUGAGUCUGCACGAGAAGAGUGGAUCCGAGUGGACCAGUGUCCUGCUGUAUGUGCCCAGCAUCAUCUAUGCCAUUGUGAUUGAGGUCAUGAACCGCCUCUAUCGAUACGCUGCUGAGUUUCUAACUUCGUGGGAGAAUCACAGAUUGGAAUCUGCCUACCAGAAUCAUCUAAUUCUGAAAGUUUUAGUGUUCAACUUUCUGAAUUGCUUCGCCUCCCUCUUCUACAUCGCCUUUGUCUUGAGGGAUAUGAAGCUGCUGCGUCAGAGUCUGGCCACUCUCCUGAUUACCUCCCAGAUCCUUAACCAAAUUAUGGAGUCUCUUCUUCCUUACUGGCUCCAAAGGAAGCACCACGUGCAGGUGAAGAGGAAGGUGCAGGCUUUGAAAGCGGACAUCGAUGCCACAUUGUACGAACAGGUUGUCCUGGAGAAAGAAAUGGGAACCUAUUUGGGUACCUUUGAUGAUUACUUGGAGUUAUUUCUUCAGUUCGGUUAUGUGAGCCUUUUCUCCUGCGUCUACCCAUUAGCAGCUGCCUUUGCUGUGUUAAAUAACUUCACUGAAGUUAAUUCGGAUGCCUUAAAAAUGUGCAGGGUCUUGAAACGUCCAUUCUCAGAACCUUCAGCCAAUAUUGGUGUCUGGCAGUUGGCUUUUGAAACAAUGAGUGUUAUAUCUGUGGUCACUAACUGUGCUCUAAUUGGAAUGUCACCACAAGUGAAUGCCCUCUUUCCAGAGUCAAAAUUGGACCUCGUUUUGAUUGUGGUAGCCGUGGAGCAUGCACUCCUGGCUUUAAAGUUUAUACUUGCAUUUGCCAUACCUGAUAAACCACGGCAUAUCCAGAUGAAACUGGCCCGAUUGGAAUUUGAGUCUUUGGAGGCACUCAAGCAGCAGUUCCCCAGGAAGACCGUGAACUAAGGUUCAGUGGUGGAUUUUGAAUAUCUCAUGCAUUUAACCAGAUGUCUUCGGUGACGCCAUUUACAAAUGAGAGAAGAUGAUGCGAAUAGGUGAAGACAGUGGUGGGAGAACAAAGAGCAGAAUAGCAGACCUGGUGAAGUGUCAUUGGAUGAUGAAAUUCAGUUCUAAAGUACAUCCCCUCCUCGUUCCUUUUUCCUUCCAAAAAUCUGUUUAGUGUUGUGUUCUCCUCUCCUGAACAUGUGGUUGGAAGGAAAUGAAUUUUUUUCUCAUAAAUUUUUGAGUUUUUAUUUUGUUUAUUGGUGGCUGUCCUUUCAGAUAGAGUAUACAAAGCAGUUACUGUCUGCCAGGUAACCAUGUUACCAGGGCUGUAACUUGAAAUUCUUGACCUCCCCGCCCCCUCCCCCAAACCAAGCUGGAGGAAAAAAAAUCUCUUUGUUAUUUGGAAAGUAAAUGGAUCUCAAGAUUCUCUCCGGUUCUUCAUUCAAGCUGCUUAAAGCAGUGUUCGUGUGGGUAGAUUUGCAGGCUCUUUUGUUUGAAUUGUCUCGAAAAAAAAAAAUGAGAGGCAUAUUUUUAAUUUUCGAGUCUGGUUUUAGUCACAGGCACGAGAGGAAAGGAACUGCCAAAUGUCUGGGAAACACAGCACCAACGCCUCUCCUUUCCCAUGUGAUAAAUAUUGUUUUGAUUAGAAGCAGAAUAAAACCAGGUUGCUUUUUUUGACUUCUUGGA